AUGUCCUUUGCUGGUUUCGAGGACGAUAUUGGCGGAUGGGGAGCCCCUGUGGAAUUACCCACCACUGGUGACAUUGUCAAAGAUGCUAUGAGGAAAGAGCAAGUGAUCAAGGAGAUAACGGCAGCGCAGGAGGAUUUGAGAGCCCUGCUGUCUCGUGUGAAGAGCGUCCAGGCCGACGUAGACAAACUGGCGUCUGGGAAUGCUACACUACAGACAUACAUCGACAACCUGACACUGCAGAUGGCAAAACGACGGUGACUUCGUUGCCUCUGCGCAUGCAACGUUCCGGCGUCUAGGGCGGACUGCGCAUAGUAUGUACGUGUACUGUUUAAGGACGUGAUCCAGAUGUACUGGGGAGGAUGUCGUCCUGAUGUAUGUAACCUGUCCUGCUCAGGCUAGAAAUGCGG